ACAUUCAUAUAUUGAUUGGUUUUCUACUUCAUAAUAACAGUUUUUCUUUAAAGACAUAAAGGAUGGGCAAUGUACAUGUAUUAGACCGAGGUCUAAGUAAGACCCAAGUACCCUACCAUUUAAUGAGGACCCCUGAUUUGUAUGAAGUGUUGGAUGGCGAAUGUAGUAAAACAUUACGUACCAUUAGAAGCUUACAAAGAGACAGGAGAUUUGAUAACAAUGCAAGAUCCUAUAUUUGUCAGAUGAUGAAGGAUCUGGAAAAUAAGAUACAUAUAUUCAAUGAGGACAUGAUGGGACCGGCCAGUCAAUCGAACAUAAGACAAGCCGACUCCGAAGAAAUACAGCAUCUAAGAACAGAAUUGAACAGGCAAAUGAAAGAAAAUGAAAGGCUCAGAAAGGCUCAUAAAGAUAUCGAGGCAGUAUUGUCUCAAACUGUUAAUGAAACGAAAAGAAAUGAUUCACACCAGGCACAACAAGGACGUGGACAGGAACAAUCUAAACAAGAAACUCAUAAAAAAGGAACAGAACGAAAUACCGACCAAUGCAUAAAAGAGUUACAGUUAAAAGUACAGAAUCAAGAAGAUGAAAUAACGUUCCUGAUAGAUUCAAACAAAAGCGCGAUGAAACUUAUUGAUCAUCUUAAAGGCAUAGAAAAAGAGUUAGAGGGUAAUCUGAAUGCACUCAAUCAUGAGAAACAAGCUUUGAUUCAGCGACUUAGUAAAGUUCCCGAGCAGCAUUUAGUUGUCGACAAUCCAGCAAUAGCAGAGCUCUCUGAUCCUAACAGACCACAAAAAUUAGGCGAAUUUUACAGUGAGUUGUACGACAAUGAAUGGACGGAUGCGUUUGAUGCUAUAACAAUGUCCGGAUAUGACGAGAAAGAUACUAUUGUUACACUUCAAUUGACACUGAUUAAUGUUUUAGAAUUCUGCAACAGCAAGUCAUCAACUCUUCUCAAGAAAACCGAGGAAGCUGUGAACUUUCUUUUCAAAGAGUAUAUAGACUUUCAAGAAAAGAAAAGUCAAAAACACUUGACGAUUAAAGUCUCACAGUCGGGACAAUGGCUGAACGACUCUUCACUUGACUGUGGAUCUGACGAGUAUGUGGACGUACAAGAGAAAUGGAAACCAAAGUUCGGUAAAAUGUAUCGAGAACAAGCCAAAGAACAAGAACCCGAAGUGGUACAGAAAUCUGAUGUCAUUGUGCAUAAAUUGAAGGAUUUUAGGAGGGAAGUUGCAGAGUCAAUGGUUCCAAUAGUACAAAAGGCCUACAUAUCAGCGAGCUGGAAGAACGAAUAUAUCCUGGAGCUCAAACCUUUUAUCAAGAAAUGUAUAUUUCUUGGAUGGAUGAUGGUUGUACAAUCACCACCGAUGUGCUUGGCAACAUGUAAAGAAGGAGAGCGAUUUGACAGUAACAUAUUUAAGGUAUACACGAAAAGCGGUCCGACUGUAGAUUUCGUGGUAUGGCCAGCCUUAUACUUGCAUGAAAAUGGACCGCUAAUUGGAAAAGGUGUUGCUGAAGCUCGAAAAUGAAAUACAAUACAUUAUUUUUGGAUUAUCAUGCAAAUGUAUACAUAUUAUGUAUAGUGUUUUUGCAAAUAUUUAUAAUAUACUUAGAUCUAUACUAAAUUGAUUUCUUAAAUAUUAAUGCUCUUGCAAUUGCUCAAAUCGAUAUGCAUGUACAUUGUAUGAAAGAAAUGUUAACCAUGUGUUUCUGUAUUCAAAAUUGACAUACUUUAAAAUACAAUAAUUGUGGUUGUUUCAUUGUGUUAGUGUAAUGUAUAGAAAAACAUACGACUAUAAGAAAAAUAACAUGUCAAACAAGAGUGCUUUAUAUAAAAUAGCGGUAAUCGUGUCGUAUUUGAUGAAACACUGAGUAUGAAUAUGCGUAUGAAUUGCGUGGUGGUUUCUAUGGCCUGAACAGUACUGUUCUUGUGUUUUAUGGUCUGUAAAUUGGAUGGGAUGUUCCAUCUAUUGCUUCGACUGCUACAGCAAUUUUGUCCCAGAAUCCCCGAUGUUCUUGCCAUUCGGUUAGGUAGGCCAUCUUUAAAAAAAGUCUGCAAGUCUCUUAUAAAGACGGGAAUGAGAGAUCUUACUUAGUCUUUUACGGUGUUUUUGUUGUCGUCAAACAUGACUGACGAAACUGUAACAGGGUAAGAAUGGAGCAAAUAUUAUGAAAAUCAACAUACGAUUCGUGCCUUA